AGCCGACUCUUGUUUACAGCAGCGAUUCCACGGAGCAGCGGAGACCCACAGCCUGCUUUAACCGAGGGCGAACUGCAGGAUUUCAGCCUCUGGAUAUAACGCGCAACGGCAGUUAAGAUUUUUUUCGCUUUCUCUUCUGGGCGCGGAUAAAAGGCAAAACAACAAAACACUCUCAAAGGGCAACUCCUUGGACAUAUUCUCCCUCCCACCCCAGUCGAGGUCGUCUAGCUGGAGAGCUGGACACCCAUUCUCUUGCGUGGCACAAGUCUGGUAUUUUCUUUCAGCUGCAAAUCCCGACUGACGGCAGAGAUAAGUCCCAGCCGAGGAGCUGGAAAAUUGGCUGAAAAAAAGAGACGACUUCUCGUUGCGAGGCACGGCUGCUUGGUGUGGAUCGAGAGCCUGUGCUGGCUGAAUGGCAUAGGCAACAACAAAAAAAAAGGUUUUUCAUUCAUUUUUCAACCUCGCAGCCACCACCCCUGUGGAUCUGGACGUGUUUUCUGCCCCCACCCCACCUCCUCCUCGUACGCAGUCAUUCACACACGGGGGAUUCUUGUGAGCGACACUGUUGUUAAUUUAUUACCGUGGUAAAAGCGCCCAGUAAUAACGUUUAGCCUCAUAUAUAUUAUUUUUUGUGUUGCUGUUUUUAACCAGGCCUGAUCGCACUGUGCGCGCACUGCUGUUUUCCAAGAGAUGGAGAAUGAAGAUGGGGAUUACCAUCAUUUAUCCAGUAAAAUCACUGGCUUGUGUGCCAUACCAGCCAACGUCAAAGUACCCUGUCACUGGCAAAAAUAGCAGACUGUUUUAAGAAUUUCCCCCCCAAAGGAAUUCACUCUUCUUAUCAUUUUUACACCUUUUUAUUUAUAUUUUUUCAAAGGAGCAAACCCAGGCAGACGAGCGACCACGCAUUUCCAGGCUACCUUGUGGUAGCCUUGUGGGCUACGGACACGUUUAUUAUCAUUUUUUAAAAACUUUUCCUCACGUUAAGGCUGUCUUGUGUUUUUUACGGAGCUGAUGUGUACAAGCUGAUCAUUUUAUUUUGUCACUGCUUUUUUUUUAUUGUUUGGAGGUGAAAAUUAUGUUCAGGAACGUGAGAUCAGAAACACCGAUGGGUAGCCCGACCUUGUUUUGGGGUUUGAUGCUGACUGUCUCCACUAUCUGCAUAUGGUCCACAUAUGGAGAGAUCUGUGGCCCGAGCUUCGACAUCCGAAAUGACAUCAGUGAAUUCAAGCGGCUUGAAAACUGCACGGUGGUGGAGGGCUACCUGCAGAUCCUGCUCAUCACCGACAAGACCAACAACAUCCACCAGGAGGUCUUCCGCUCCCUCAGCUUCCCGAAGCUGAUGGUCAUCACCGACUACCUGCUGCUGUUUCGUGUUUCAGGCCUGGAUAGCCUCAGCAUGCUCUUCCCCAACCUGAGCGUCAUCCGCGGGCGCAACCUCUUCUACAACUACGCCCUGGUGAUCUACGAGAUGACCAGCCUGAAGGACAUUGGCCUGUACAACCUGAGGAACAUCACCCGGGGAGCCAUGCGGAUUGAGAAGAACCCUGAGCUCUGCUACCUGGACUCGGUGGACUGGUCUCUUAUUAUGGAUGCUGGGUUCAACAACGUUAUCAAUGGGAACAAGAAGGCGAAGGAGUGCGACAAUGUCUGCCCCGGCAUCAUGGAGGAUAACCCUAUUUGUCAGAGGACGUCCUUCAAUGACAACAACGACUAUCGCUGCUGGACCUCCAACCAGUGCCAGAAAGUAUGCCCACCACACUGCAAACUUGCCUGCACAGACAAGGGAGAGUGUUGCCACAGCCAGUGUCUCGGUGGCUGCACCGAACCCCACAACGACAUGGCCUGCUCCGCCUGCCUCCACUACUACCACGAGGGUCGCUGCGUGCCGGACUGUCCUCCCAACACGUAUAAGUUUGAAGGCUGGCGCUGCAUCACCAUGGACCUGUGCUCUCAAGUGCACCUGCCCAGUGAUACUCACUUCGUCAUCCACGGCGGAGAAUGUAUGCCCGACUGUCCCUCCGGUUUCACACGCAAUGAGACCAAUCGAAUGCUAUGCAGUGCUUGCAAUGGCCUUUGUGAUAAGGUCUGCACGUCCCCUGUCAUCGACUCUGUGGAUGCCGCUCAGUCCCUGAAGGACUGCACCGUCAUCGAAGGCAAUCUGGACAUCAACAUUCGCCGUGGAAAUAAUAUAGCUUCUGAGCUGGAGAGCUUCAUGGGCUUGAUCCAGACAGUGACGGGCUAUGUGAAGAUUCGACACUCCCACGCACUUGGCUCGCUGUCCUUCCUCAAGAGCCUGCGUUACAUCAAUGGGCAGGAACUCAUCGACAACAUGUAUUCGUUCUCCGCCAUCAACAACCAACAUCUGCAGUCCUUAUGGGAUUGGACUCAACACAACCUGACCAUUCGGGCCGGGCGUCUCUUCUUCCGUCGAAACCCUAAACUCUGCAUGUCCGAGAUCCACACGAUGUGGGAUAAGACGGGCAUCACUGUGAAGCCAGAGGAGGGCGAUUUCCGUAGCAACGGUGAAAGAGCCAGCUGUGAAAGUCACAUUUUGAAGUUCAAGUCUAACAUUACGUCAAGUCAUACAAUCAGGAUAUCAUGGGAACGCUACCAGCCGCCAGACUACGGACACCUUAUCAGCUUCAUUGUCUACUACAAGGAGUCCCCUUUCCAGAACAUCACUGAGUUUGAUGGGCAGGAUGGCUGCGGCUCAGACAGCUGGCACAUGGUGGAUGUCGAUCUUCCUCAAGAGAAAGACACUGAUCCAAGAGUCAGUCUUCAACAUCUCAAGCCCUGGACCCAGUAUGCUAUUUUUGUGAAGGCUAUUACCUUGCAGGUGGAGGAUAAGCACAUUACUGGGGCAAAGAGUGAUAUUAUUUACAUUCGCACACGUCCAUCAUUGCCGUCUGUGCCGAAAGACGCCCGUGCGUUUGCCAACUCCUCAACCAAACUGGUGGUGAAGUGGUCGCCUCCGGUCUUUCCCAACGGCAACCUGACUUACUACCUGGUCCGCUGGCAGCAGCAGCCCGAGGACAGGGAGCUCUACCAACACAACUACUGCUCCAAAGAGCUGAAGAUCCCGAUCCGGAUCCCAGCGACGGGGCUCACGGACAUGGAAGACAGCACCAAGCCCACCAAGUCAGACCUGGCAGGGGCGGAGAAAGGUCCAUGUUGUGCUUGCCAGAAAACGCCCGAAGAGAAGGACCGGGAGAAGGAUGAACGCAUUUUCUUUAAAGUUUUUGAGAACUUCCUCCACAACGCCAUCUUUCUGCCAAGACCUCCGGACCGUCGACGCAGAGAUGUUUUUGGUGUUGCAAACAACACUUUGUUUCCUGACGGUGGCAGAGGGAACACCAGCCUUGGCCCAGGGGAUAACAGCACAGAUGGCGUUCCUCCUGUCAAAGAGUACCCCUUCUUGGAGGACAAGAGCCCAGCAGAAUUUUUAGAGAUUGGCAAUCUGCGGCCCUUCACCGUCUACCGUAUCGACAUUCACGCCUGCAAUGAGGAGGUGGGGCGCUGCAGUGCUGGAGCUUUCGUCUUCUCCAGAACCAAACCUGCAGUCAAAGCAGAUGACAUCCCUGGAAAAGUGAUCUCUGAGAGGAGUGACAAGGUUCAAGGGUGUGUGGUGCUGCACUGGCCAGAACCCGUCAUGCCCAAUGGACUCAUCCUGAUGUAUGAGAUCAAGUUUCGUUUGGGGACUGAGCCUGAGAAACACGGGUGUGUGUCUCGACAUCAGUACCGCGAGUACAAAGGAGCUCGGCUGACCAACCUGGGCUCUGGGAACUAUUCUGCUCGUGUUCGCGCCACUUCUCUAGCAGGAAACGGCUCCUGGACAGACAGUGUGUUCUUCUAUGUGCCGCCACCUAACCGAGAUGAUGGUGUUACCUUCUACCUGGUCAUCAUAAUUCCCAUCAUAGUGACACUUUUCAUCGCCAGCCUCACCACCAUUCUCUUCUUUGUUAACAAGAAAAGGAAUAGCGACAGAUUGGGGAAUGGAGUCCUUUAUGCAUCUGUCAAUCCGGAGUACAUCAGUGCUGCUGAGAUGUACGUCCCAGAUGAGUGGGAGGUGGCCAGGGAGAAGAUCACUAUGCACAGGGAGCUGGGCCAGGGCUCCUUCGGCAUGGUGUACGAAGGCAUCGCAAAGGGAGUGGUCAAGGACGAACCGGAGACACGAGUGGCCAUCAAGACGGUCAAUGAGUCGGCCAGCAUGAGGGAGCGGAUCGAGUUUUUGAAUGAGGCUUCGGUCAUGAAGGAGUUCAACUGUCACCAUGUGGUGCGGCUGCUGGGCGUGGUCUCUCAGGGACAGCCAACCUUGGUGAUUAUGGAGCUGAUGACCCGCGGAGAUCUCAAGAGCCACCUGCGCUCUCUGCGCAAAGAAAACUCCACCAUCCAGGUCCUACCCCCACUCAAAAAGAUGAUCCAGAUGGCAGGGGAGAUCGCCGAUGGUAUGGCGUACCUAAAUGCCAACAAAUUUGUCCACAGAGAUCUGGCUGCCAGGAACUGCAUGGUAGCGGAGGACUUCACUGUGAAGAUUGGAGAUUUUGGCAUGACCAGAGAUAUUUAUGAGACGGAUUACUAUCGAAAAGGAGGGAAGGGCCUGCUGCCUGUCCGCUGGAUGUCUCCUGAGUCACUGAAAGAUGGCGUGUUCACUACAAUGUCUGAUGUCUGGUCAUUUGGUGUCGUGUUGUGGGAGAUCGCCACCUUAGCAGAACAGCCUUACCAGGGCAUGUCCAAUGAACAAGUGCUGCGCUUUGUCAUGGAGGGAGGACUCUUGGACAAACCUGACAACUGCCCUGACAUGUUGUUCGAGCUGAUGAGGAUGUGCUGGCAGUAUAACCCCAAGAUGCGUCCGUCCUUCCUGGAGAUCAUCAGCAGCAUCAAAGACGAACUGGAUCCUCCGUUCAGGGAAAUGAGCUUCUUCUACAGCGAGGAGAACAAGCCGCCGGACACCGAGGAGCUGGACAUGGAGGUAGAAAACAUGGAGAACAUUCCACUGGACCCUGCAUCCACGAGGCAGCCAUCUGCUGCUGUUGUUGUUUCUUCGUCUGGGUGCACAGGAGGAACGCCGCCUCCUUCUACCCAGCAGUUAUCCCCCAUGCAAGGUCCGAGUACUCCAUUACUGGGACCCGUGUCUCACUCCCCGCCGGGCCCAGUAGCCUCAGCCAUGGGGUCUCCAGGACAAGCCUUGGACAAGCACUCAGGACAUGUUUCGGCCAACGGGCCUGUGGUGGUACUGCGGCCCAACUUUGACGAGAUGCAACCCUAUGCACACAUGAACGGGGGCAGAAAGAACGAACGGGCGUUACCACUGCCCCAGUCGUCGGCCUGCUGAUAUCAGACCAGCCCCUCCUCUUCCUCUUACACAGGGUAACACAAACCUCUCCUCUAUCUCCUAAGGAGGGAUAGAUGAGGUAAGGAAAUACUUUCUUCUACUGUGUGCCAGUAGACGGUCUCUCCACUCCUUUAAGGUCAAACGCAAACUCUAAAAAACUGAAAAAGAGCACAGAAACCUGCUAAAGCAUUUGGAGUUUGGUGGCUCAGACUCAACACUGGGGAACUCCUUCCUGUGCAGCCUGUAUUUCAGUCUUUGUUACAUACACAUCCUUCAAGAAGGAAUACAAUACAGGCAUGUAUCCUGACUUACAGAUUUACACAUGAACUUCAAGAAAAUCUUUGUUUUUAGCAUAUCUGCCAGCAAAACCAACAGAAGAGCACUUUUUCCUGAUGAUUUCAGAGAGGAUGUGAUGGAUUUGAGUGUGUAUUUAUACAAACACAUGAUUCUCUCCAUAAUAUGGUAUAGCUUCAUUUCUAAAAUGACUUUCUUUCCAUGAGCAGACUUGCUCAUGUUGUGUGAGGAUGCCUCAAUUAGAAAGUUUGGACUAAGAUCAUUUCAUUUUACUUUUAAUAUUUCUACAAGAUGCCGUCAGGAAUGGGUCAAAGUGGUAGAGGAGGGCCUGUUUUGUACCUGCCAAAAUUUUGCCAAAUCAAGCUUUUUCUUUAGUUUCAUACAGGUGUCCCUACUUAAAGGAGGCUGUGAUUCAGAGUUUAGAUAAGUCUGUCCGGCAAUGACACCCAAACUGUUUGGUGGUUUCCAGACUGCAUGCUUAUCUGUAGAACUAACUGCUCCUAGAGCAGCUGUGAGUGUUGGAGGGGUUAUAAACAAGGCAGAACACAGUGACUGCAGAUGUGCUGCCUUCACAUCUGCAGUUUUAUAUGCAGCGUCUGCCACGGAGGUUGAAUAAAUCUAGCAAACCUUAAAGUAAAACAACACAAGACUUCUUUUAAGUGGAUUGUGUACAGAGAAGCCAGCUUAAAAUGAGGACUGAGCACAUUUUACUCAGGUUUUGAAAUGUGAUCAAAGGUCAAUGUUUUUUCAAUUAACUGACACAAUAACAGUUGAAUUCUGAAGAAGUUUAUAAUAAUCAACAUGUGUGAAAUAAGUAACUGUUAGAUGGAGGACACACUAAAGAGAUGACAACAAUACUCUUUAAAAUCUAUCACUUUUUUCACAUGGCAUUUCAUUUUAUUAAUAAUUGGUAAUGUCUUUAAAUCCACCCAAAUUUCUCUGGUUUCAGCUCAGAUCUGAGGAUCUGCUGGACAAAGCUAGGAAUUUAUAAAUGUCACUUUGUGUAUUCUUCACUAGUUUGUGACCACUUACAUACUAAACAAAAAAAGGUAAUUAAUGAAAAAUGACAACAAUCAGACACUGAAGCCCUGUAGUUUUCCGUUGCUGGAGCUCUCAAACUAACAAGUUUCUCCAAACAACAUCUACUCAGAUGUGGACAUUAAAAAAAAUUGCCCUUUCAUCACCAUCUUUGAGACAUCUGAGGGAAGAACACAUGUUACUUGAGUCAGCAAACUCUGAAUCACAGCCUCACUCUGUCUUUGUUUUAGUUGAAAUAAAUAAUAAAACUAAAAAAAAUCAAAGCAUCAGAAGUCUCACACUGCAAAUCACUGAACUUCACAAUCUAGGCUUACGAGUCUGCCUCCACUUCGAUUUCUUCAGACCUUUCUCUGACAUCUUUAAGUGUGCAUUUCAUGUGGGAGGUAAACACGGUUUGCCGAUACUGCUGUUUAAAUUAAAUGCCACCAAAUACUCCGCAACAAACCUGAGACGUAAGAGCGAGAAGCUGUUGGAUCAGAUUUUCGUAGCCUAGUGACAACUUUGAAGUCACGGGAGGUCUCUUUUAGAUUAGUCACUCGUUUCUCUACAUUUCAAACACAUAUAAAGGUCUUACAGUUGUAUUUUUGACUGCAGGAUCGUUUUUAUACACAUCAUUGGUUUUGUCACUUUUUUAAACCUUUUUACGGUUCAAAAUGUUUGCCUCUAUGUCUGUACAGAACAAAGCUGCUAUUUUAUUCUUUUUCUCUUUUGGAUGUUAUAUAUAAAGAAAUCCUUCAGGUUUGGUAUUUUACGGUCUCCACUACAGUCCAUUUCUAAUCUCCUCGAACUCUGUUUAAGAAGUAAAACAACAAAAACUUACCCCAAAAGGUUUUCUGUAACACUACAUUUUGUUCAUUGCCUUUUAUUUUUAUGAAAUGUUUCCUUCUUUAUGUGUUUUGUGGAUGUCUAUAUUAUUAUUAUUGUUAUUAUUAUUAUUAUUAUUAUUAUUAUUAUUAUUAUUAUUAUUAUUAUUAUUAUUAUUAUUAUUAUUUGGAUUGGACACCUUAGCUCGAUGUGUGGGCGUGUACUUUCUGCACCCUUUUUGUACUUGUUGUCUAGCACUGCGCCUAGCACUGCCGUCUAGGUGCGACUCAAUCUCAGGUCAAAGUAAAGGCUUUGCUUUCUCCACACAUUCUCAUAAUCAUCCUGUACUUGUCUCACUGUGUACCCCUUCUUUUCCUACCCCCAUCACAUUUUGUUAAGUCGAAUAGUGCCCUCUCUCCUUCCUCUCUGGCCCCCUACUGACCUUAACAGCAAACUGCUUCCCCUGGUGCCUCCUUUCAAAGUCAGGAUUAGUUCCAGUAUACAAGAUAUUUAACUUUAUACCAGAUCUGGUAUUUUAACCCAUCCAUUUUCUUGCCUAUUCUUAAAUAAAUAGGGCUAAUUGGGUUGUCUUGUUUGCCUUAAUUAUGCCAGACAUCUUUUAAUCAUUGAAAAUCUUUUUUUUAAACCCCCCCAACACUCUCAAGCACAAUUCAAUGCCACUUCUGCUAAUGUCGCUUCUUCAAACACUUAUUUCGACCUUAUUGUUUGUCUUCACAAUCCCAGCUUCAGAAAAACCAAAUAAAGGAUGGGUUAAAGUCCAGGGAAGGGAACACAUUUCAACGUCAUGAAUGGAAAAGGUCUUAAAAAUGGCUGAAUAGUGAAAGUGUUUUGAAGGAUUUCUCCUCAUGUUGCCUGGUGAUUUUUUUUUUCUUUGAAGUUUUUUUUUCUUCUUCUCCUGGAGGAGUGUUAUUUAUUUAUUUUUUUUAUUUUCCUUUUGUGAUAUCAGUUUAAAUCCCUGUAUAAAUGCCCCAUGAUUCAGUAUAAAGUUGGACUUUUUUUUGUA